AUGGAGUUUAAUUUUACCAACUUAGAAUCAAGAAGAUAUGGAUAUAUUUAUAGAGGUAGAUCUAUUCUAUUGAAUAUGAUGAUGAUGCAAAAGAGGGAAGGUGGUGGUAGUAUGUUUCAUCAACAUACAGACACCAAUGUAAUAGAUUGGGGAGUUGAUGCAGUCUAUCAAGUGUCUGGUCAUAUAGCAGUUAGAUAUCAAAACUCUAGAUCGAUUGUAUUGUUUGAUGCAGUGACUGCAAAGCAUCAAUUGACAGAGUCACAGUCACAAUCGAUUGAAUCUCAGUUGCUAGCAAAACAAUAUCUACAGUCACCGUCGACCAACCCUUCAAACUCUCCGUUCCCAUUUUUGGCAUGUUCAUUUGCUUCACCUGUCAUUCGAUUGGCAUUUGAAAGAUCAACUUCUGCUCCAUCUUCUACUACAACUAUCUCUUCAAUCAAUAAUAAUAAUAACAAUGGUUUAAAAUCAUCAACUUCUUCAUUACUACCAUCAACACAAUCAGAUCCAAAUCCACUUAGAAUGUUUGUAUUUGAACAAGACGGAAGUUUACAUGUAUUCGAAUGGAAUAGUGUUGAUUAUAAAUGGCUCUAUAUCAUCAAACUAUAUCUACCAUCGAUUGUUGGUCCUGAACAACUCGUAUCGGCACCCAUCAUCAAUACACAAUUAUCCCUUUUACAUUGUGCUGUACAUUCAGCAUCAAAAGGAGUGUCUAUCUUGUGGACCAUCAAUAAUACCCUAUACCUAAGAUCACUAUCAUUUGACAAAAUCAAGAAAAAAGAAGGUCUUUCAAUUAUUGCCAAACAAUACCCCUAUACCACAACAUCUUCUACAUCUUCUGCAACUUCAUCAACUACAACUACACCAGUCAAUAGAUCACCACCUUUAUUAUCAACCUUUUCAUCUUCAUUUAAUCAAAAAGAAAAUAAUAAUAUUAAUAAUAUUAAUAAUAAUAAUACUAUAAGUUUACCGAUGGUUGAAGAGAUAUAUCCAUCAAAUCUUUCAAUUAGUGGAUUAGAAAGUUAUACAUUUAAAAAGGAUUGGGAAGAAAUGAUUUUUGAUCCAUCAACUAGAAUCAUUUCAAGUAAACUUGGUGCUUGGUUUGUAACAAAAUCAUUUAUUCUUUUACAUUCAAUUAGAAAUAAGCAAUGGUAUAUUACUUAUUUAAAAAAUCAACAAGAUAAAGAAAAAGAUCAAAAACAAACCUCUUCUUCUUCUUCUUCCUCUUCAACAUGUGAUAUUCAUAUUAAUAAUAAUAAUAAUAAGAAUCAAAUUGAAGAAGAUUCUUCUACUUCUUCUUCUUCUUCAUUAUUAGUUUCAUCACCACCAACAAAUAUAAUUGAUAAUAAGAAUAGAAUAGUUGAAAUAUUGGAUUGUUGUAUUCAUCCAGUUACUCAAGAAUUAAUGAUAUUGGAACCAAGUGGUAGAUUAUUGACUUGUGAUACUGGAGAAAGAGAAUCAUUACGUAUUCAACUCAUUACCGUUUUACAACCAUUUAACAAUUGUGCCAGGGCAAAUGCAAAGGAAGUAAUUCGUUGUAUAAUGCAUCAAAAUGCAUUUGUUGUACUCAAAAACUCGACAGCUUCUCUGUUUGAUGUUAAAUGUGGUCAACUAAUCACAACCAUAAAUAGUCCAGUCGAUAGUGCAAACUUUAAUCAAACAAUGGGUGGUGGUAUUUGGACACAAGCACCAGUUGGUGUCGUUUGGGGUGCAGGUGUUUGGCAAAGAGGAUCUGGUAUUUGGGAACUUCGUUCAGGUUCAACUCUUAAAGUAAUCGAAUCACUAUCAACUCAUAAAACAACUGGAGUUCAAAAUCAACCAUUACAACCGCAACAACAACAACAACAGAAAAUCAAUUUUAGAACUACUGUGGGAUGUGCACCAACAGCUUGUAGACAAUGGGAAAUGCGUAGAUUAGAAGCAAAGUAUUUAUUAGAUAUGGCACUCAAAGAAGAUGAUGAGGAUUUAAAGGUUCAAAUUUGCAAGGCACUCUUGCCAAAACUUGAAAACCCAUCCCUCAUCAUUGCACUCUUGUCUUCAUUACAGUCAGAGGUUAGCUCAUCUUUUGUAUAUGACGAACUGAAAUCAUUCCUCGAUCGUUACAACUAUACAACAGAUACCAAAUCUCAAUCAAAUACACCAGAUGAUGAAACUCAUGCCAUCAAAGUUAGAAAUGCCUUCCAUCUUCAUACUCCACUCAAUCAAAUCAUGGUACCUCUAUUGACUGAUUAUUUAGAAUUACAAAGAUCUGCUAGAGAAGGAGAUAAUAAUAAUAAUAAUAAUAAUAAUAAUAAUAAUAAUAAUAAUAAUAAUAAUAAUAAUAAUAAUUCAUCUUUAUUUGAUUUUGAGGAUAAUAUAAUAUUUGAUCAAAAUAAUGAAAUGAUUGAAUUGUUAAAGAGAAAAUCACCAAAUCAAUUAUUAGAGAAAUUGGAAAGAGCUUUGGGAUUGGGAGCUAUUGAUUUCUCAAGAUAUGCAGAUAUAUUUGGUGGAGAGACUGAUAUUGUAUUUCCUCAAAUCAAUCCAAUUCUACUUCAACAAGAAGAGAUUUUAAAGGUUAAAAACGCACCAAAACACCUUCACCUACACAUCCAUAGUCAAAACCAUUCACCAUUGGUAGAAAAGGAACAUGCAUCUUCUUUGGCCAACCCAUACUAUCCAUUAUUCCCACUAUUUGAAACCAUGUGUCAAUUGUAUUAUACCGAGGCACCUCACAAGUUGGUUCCAUUUAUUCGUAUCGUUCAUUAUUCGUCUGUCGAAAAAAUGAUGACAGCUGCCCAGGAAAUGGCCAACCUAGUCACCAUUCCUGCAUCCUCUAUUCAAACCACCAAGAUCCCUCAAAACGAUCACUUUACUAGAGCUCUCCUCACUCUUCCAACCAACUAUCCAUCAACCAAUGAACAUACAAGAAUUGAAGCUCGUUUCGAUAUACUAUGUGCUAUUGGACAUACCGCAAAUGCUCUUCGUCUCUUAUUAUUAACAGAUUGUUGGGAAAAAGCUUUAGAAAUGGUUAAAAAUACUGCUUAUUCUGAUAAAGAUCAUUAUAUUUUAUUUGAAAUUUUAAUUAGUUAUUGUAUUGAAAAAAAGGAUAGUAAAAAAUUAAAACAAUGUUGGGAAGUAAUGCCAAAGAAUUAUUCAGUAUUUAAUUUAUUUUCAAUUUUAAAAUCAAAUAUAUUUAAUAAUAAUAAUUAUAAUGAAGAAAAACAAAACAAAAAUAAUAACAUCAACAACAAUGGUCAACCAGUUUCUCCAUCCUCUUCAUCAUCCUCUUCUUCCUCCUCUAUGUCAUUAUUACAAAUAGUAUCAAAUAAUCCAAAUCAAGAUUUAACCAUUGAUAUGUUUAAAGGUCAAUUAUUAAAAAUGUUUUUAUCAAAAAAUCAACAUCAAUAA